AUUUGGAAAGAUAAAAUGCGCUUACAUGAUGCACAUGCGUUGCCUACUUGUAGGCUGCUUUGCUUCUACUUUCUUGUUGUUUCUCCGUUGUUUUCCCCGUUUUGUCUAAGCUCACAGCAGCAUGAGUGGUGAUCCCUCUCACCCUCGCCCUCAUAUGUACUAUCCACCUGCCGUACACCAUCCACCCCCACCCAUUGGACAACAGCCACCCCCUGCCCCUGGACAAGGCUACCUACAGGAAUUUUCACUGCCAACCCAUGACCCAACUGGAGGAUACCACAUGCCACCUACACCUGCACAGGCUGCAUACCCACCACCAUACACUCCCCCUGCUGGGCUUUAUCCUGGACCAGAUGCAGGAGCUUACCCCCCUACCCUGGGAGGUCCGUUACCUGGAGAUUAUUUUUGUCCAAGUGGACCAUACGCAGCACCACUUCCUGGACCUUACCCUCUACAAGUAGGACCACACCCAGGAACAAUUCCAGCACAUGGUAGACCACUCCCACCUGGACUACACCCUGGUGCAUUCCCUCCAGGACCACACCCUAGUCACAAACAUGUGGAUGUGGAAAGUGAUGACAGUGACCCUUCAGGAUUUGCUCUGUACUCCAAAGAAGAUAAGCAUCCACUCUCUGUGAAGUUUACUAACAAGGCAGGCAGGAAAGUGAAACUGUACUGGAUCAACGAGAGAGGAAGAAGGAAGAGGAAAGGAAAGAUAAAGGAAGGCCAAAGCAAGACAGUAGACACCUAUGAGACACAUGUUUUCAUGGCCUUCAGUAGGAAACUUAGUCGCGAACCACUGCCAAUUAAUGGCUCUCCAGUGUUUAAUGCUUUCCCACACAAGCAUGGUGACAAACUUGUAGAAGUUGAAAUAAAGAAACCAUCAGGAAGUUCAUUUAACAGUUUGAAGUCGGAGGCCCACGUUACCGUCCCUAUUGAGGUGAAAUUUGUGAACCGUGCCAAGUGUCCAGUCCAAUUAGAAUGGAUCAGUCCUCAAGGCCACCGGGAGACCAAAAAACAUCUUGCCAAGGGUCGAUGCUGGCGCACCACUUGUUGGGAAGGUCAUUGCUGGGUGUGCAGUCAUCCCAAGAAGGAUGGUCAUUUCUUUGCCCUUAAUUAUGGCCUGCAUUACAGAGUGCAGAAGACUAGAGGAGCACUUGAAAAAGUUUUUAUUACAGCAGGAUCGAAGGUUUCUGGAAGCAGCAGUAGUAGCAGCAGUAGCAAUAGUGACUAAGGAACGAAUUAUAUCUGCAGCUGUGUUGGAAAUAUGUUAUUGCUCUGCUAUACUUGUGCUAUUUGAAUAAUUGUCUUUACAUUGCAUACUAAUGAUACAAACUGAGCGAAACUGAAUUUUAUAUUUUGUACAACUUUCCAUAUCUAGCUGAUGCAUGCUAAACGGCAGUUGCAUGAUAAUGUAAUUGCCGGUGGUAACUUGAACAAUAACAAUUGCUAUGUAUUUUAAGAGAGGGAAAAUCUCAUUUAGUGAAAGACGCAGGCAUAACGGAGAAAAAAGUGGAAUGUUUCCAAAUACAAAUUGAACUUAAGGCCUUCCCUCAUCAUCUCCAAUUUAGCCUCGUUUUAUCCUUCUGAUCUCUAUCUACCCGAGGUUAACCAUUUUCUACCACGUUAACCCUGGCCCACCUAACCUUAGGUUAGCCCUGUUCUACCACCGUAACCAGCAUCUACCCUAAGUUAUAUUAGCCUUAAUCUACAUAACGUGUUUAUUCAAGAUAAACAAACAAAAGUAAUAAAACUUCUUGAAAAGGAAAA